AAAAAAAGGUUGGGGAAUAGUGAACCUCAAACACUGAGAGAAGAAGAUGCAUCAGCUCAUACAUCCAUGGCAAAUCGCCUCCAAUGGGCACAUUGUCGAGAAACUCCACAGCUCGUUCCCCCUCUUAUCUCUUCCCUUCUGUCAUCGCGUUGGCUUCUCUGUCACUCACUGCUCUUAUCAUCUACAAGGUUGAUGACUUCGUGUCGCAGACCAAGACAGUCGCAGGUCACAAUUUAGAUCCGACACCAUGGCACCCUUUCCCACCAAAAACCUUCCCCGAGGAGACCCGUCAAUCCCGCGCUUACAAGAUAAUCCAAUGCUCCUAUCUAACUUGUGGCCAUAGCAGCAUCAGAAGCACUGGCACCAGUACCUCAAAGCGAGUCAGUUCUGAGCUAUCACGGGAUAGCCUUCACUGCCCCGAAUUCUUCCGUUGGAUCCACCGGGAUCUGGAACCAUGGGCUCGGACCCGGAUAUCAAGAACCCACAUUGCGGAAUCAAAGAACUAUGCUGCCUUCCGUGCCGUGAUCUCAAGUGGGAGGUUGUAUGUGGAUCUGUACUACGCAUGCGUGCAGAGCCGAGCCAUGUUCACCAUCUGGGGUUUGUUGCAGCUUCUCAAAAGGUACCCGGGGAUGGUUCCUGAUGUGGAUUUGAUGUUUGAUUGCAUGGACAAGCCCAGUGUUAACAGGACAGAACAUGCCGACAUGCCCUUGCCUCUGUUUAGAUAUUGCACCACCCAGGAGCACUUUGACAUACCUUUCCCUGAUUGGUCUUUCUGGGGUUGGCCAGAGAUAAAUAUAAGGCCCUGGGAUGAUGAGUUUCGAGAUAUUAAAAAUGGUUCUCAAACAAAAAGUUGGUUGAAGAAGGGUCCCUUGGCAUACUGGAAAGGAAAUCCAGAUGUUGGUUCUCCUAUUCGCACAGAGUUACUUCAAUGUAAUGAUUCCAGGCUGUGGAAAGCACAAAUUAUGCGACAGGAUUGGUUGGAGGAAGGGAAAAUGGGUUUUCAGCAGUCCAAAUUAUCAAAUCAAUGCAACCAUCGGUAUAAAAUAUAUGCUGAAGGCUUUGCUUGGUCCGUGAGCUUGAAAUAUAUCAUAUCAUGUGGUUCACUUCCUCUGAUAAUUACCCCUCAGUAUGAAGAUUUCUUCAGUCGUGGUCUCAUUCCUCUGAAGAACUAUUGGCCUGUAUCUUCUACUGAUAUAUGCCAGUCUAUUAAAUUUGCUGUUGAAUGGGGUAAUACCAACCCACACAAGGCUAUGGGAAUUGGGAAAGCAGGACAGGCCUUGAUGGAAAACAUGAAUAUGGAUCGUGUCUACGAUUACAUGUUUCAUCUCAUAUCGGAGUACUCUAAGCUGCAAGAUUUCAAGCCAGUCCCGCCACCUUCUGCUCUGGAAAUGUGCGACGAAUCCCUGCUUUGCUUGGCUGAUUCGAAGCAGAAACAGUUCCUAAGAGAAUCAGCUGCUUUUCCUUCAUCAGCUUCACCAUGCACCCUCCAGCCUGCUGACAGUAAUCUAAUGGAGAAUUUGAUACAGCAGAAGAGAAAGACAAUCAAGGAUGUCAAUGAUAUGCAGAAGCCGAAACAGAAAAAUUCAUCUAACAACGCAAACAAAUGAUGUCUAUGGCAAACAAAUGGUGUCUAUGGUUUCAAAAGUUUUGCAAGUGAUAGCUUCAUAAGAAGCUUAGUGUAAUCCUAUCUCUGCACAUUUACAAAUGUACCCUUCUUAGAAAAUUAGUGGUUAUUGUUAUGAAUAUAUCAUUAUUAUGGA